AGGAAUAAGGAUAUUUAGCUUAUCAUGGUCACAGUCACUGGGAUCUCAUCUAUUUAUUCAAGUGUACGUUUGCUGCGAUUCUGCCCUUGUCUGAUUCAGAAGAUUUCAUUUUGGACAUUUACAGGGCUUAAUAACAGGUACACUACAUCAUGGCUGUCAUUUGUUGUGACAAAACCGUCAAGGAAAAUGGAUGAAGUAUACUUCUUAAAAUUUGUUGACUAUUCUGCUUUGGCGAAUCAAUCAUGGCCAUCUAGAGAAGAUAUUCAAAUAAACAAGAGAAUAGUGUCACUGAAGACAGUUGAAGAGCAACUUGAAUUGUUUGAGAGUGUUAAGAGUUCUUCAAACAUGGUAAACAGAGUCACCGCGCUUGUUAACAUUGUGAAGAUCACGGAGAGAAGUGAAAAACAAAAGGAAGCCUUGAAACAAGAAAGAGAGAAGCCACAGAGGGGGAAAAGUAGCAUGUACAUGAAACUACUGGAAAGUAUUUCAAGGGACAUUAGCAGUUGUGAUGCCCAGGGACUUGCAAAUGUGUUAUGGGCUUUAGGGAAACUAGAAGAGAAAGAUCACAGAUUAGUUCUAGUUUGUCAGAACGAGAUCCUGUCACGUGACAUCAAAGCCUUUAACAAUGCAAACAUCUGUCAGAUUGUGAAUGGAUGUGUAAAUCUGAACUUAACAUCAUCAGACAUUUUUUCGAACAUUCUUGAUGCAAUUUUAAACGGGCAAGUUAAGAUUCAACAUUUUGAUAAUCGUGGUUUCUCAGGAAUUCUGAUGUCUUAUGCCAAGGUAGAAAAUUGUCCGGUAAAACUGUUGAAUAUUUUCUUGGAUAAAAUCCUCUCAAAAGACUUUGUGAGCAUUGACAGUGGUAGCUUAGCUGCAUUUGUGUGGUCGUUUGCAAAAAAGACGUUCUUUCCUAAAGAGUUAUUUCACCAAGUAGAGAAGGAAAUUUUGAGAAGAGGAACAGCUGAUAUGAAACACGAGGAAAUCAUUCAGAUCCUUUGGGCGUUCGGAACGGCAGAAAAGGGAAGUAGAGAACUGUUGAAUUUGCUGGACAUGGGACUUACCUCAAGAGGUGUUGGAAAAUUAGACAAUGCUGCUUUGUUAGAAAUCGUUUGGUGUUUUGCAAAAAGGAAUGCUACAAAAGCAAAAGUGUUUGACUUUGUCAAGAAAGAGGUUUUAAAACGUGGUGCUCAUGUGUUUCAGAAUCAUGAGCUUGUUCAUAUUCUACGAGCGUUUGUUUCUGCCCAGAGACACGAUGACAGGUUGGUUGCAGAAAUUGAAAGAGAACUGUGUUUGAAGGAUGUUAAACAGUAUGACACUGGUCAAUUAUGUCAAAUUGCAUGGUCUCUUGGAAGAGCAAGGAACUAUGGGAGUAAGAUGUUUGAUGCCAUUGAAGCGGAGUCACUUCACCGGGGAGUUACAGUGUUUUCCUUAAAACAAAAAUGUAUGUUAAUGCGAGGUUUUAUCGAGGCCAAGAGAGGAACUACAGAAUUCUACGAAAGUUUAGUUAACUCCUUUUCCACGGAUGACUUACACAAGUUAAAUCGCGAGGGUAUUUGCGAGUCUGCUUGGUGUUUCUCUAAUGCAGGUGUCCCAGUAGAAUCACUGUUCCGUGCUCUAGAAGAGGAAAUCCUGGCAAAGAGAAGAUCUUAUUUUACAAAGAAGAAUCUUGAUUCUUUAAAGAAAAGCUUUAGAAAAGUUGGAAAAGGAAGCAAAGCAUUGUUUACGCUGUAAGAGCUCCCUGUUUUUGGUAAAACAAGUCAGAGCAUAGCAUUUUUCAUUUUUUUGGGCGGUGACACUUGGAAUUUGAAGUUAGUUUUUUAGUGUGUGCGUGUGUACGUAUCAGAAUAAAUUAAGAAGUGAACUGAAACUAGAAUCGCAU